ACUGCAUGAUGAGUAAUCCUGAAAGGGAAGACAUGGAUCACAGCGAUGUGAUGUCGGUCGAAGGAAGUUCAGACUGACAGUCGGGAUUUACACUUUUAGUGGAUCAAAGGAUAAUUAUCUACAAUUUAGUGAAAGGAAAAAGUGAUUAUAAUGUAUCAUUUUUCAUAAAUAUUGAAAUCCCACUGUGCUUUCAUACAGGCCAGACAAUCCCUACUUGCCGAUCUGCCUGCAGAUCGAAAAUUGUCGGGAUGUGACAAAGGAUAAAUAAACAGUUUGUGAUCGUGAUAUGGAUAAUUUAUUGAUAAAUCUAAAUGCUGAAGUUUAUAGAGAGAAUCAAGAUGGACAGAGUGGACAGGCCUUAUCACCAUGGUGUUAGGGACAUGGAGAUUCUGUAGGGCGUAUGAUCUUAUCAGGGAAGUCUUUGUAACACUGGUUGUUUGGUCCAUCUAGAACCAACAUCCAUGGCUGAUCUGCUGUCGGCAAGGUCAAAGCGUGUGCACAUUGUGCGACGCAUGAGCAUGGAAACCUACAUGGUACGUAUAUAUCCAGGAUCACUCACUUACGAAUGCGAGUUCACGUCUAUAGAAGCGGAGAAAACAACAUCAGCGCUGGAAAUUGUUGCGGUGGCUGUAAACAAACUACGUCUUGGCAGUUCAGAUAACUAUGAAUUAGCUGAAGUUUUGUCAACUGGUGGACAAUUAUGUAAAGAGAGAAGACUGGAACCGUCAGAAAAUCCCGUACGUAUUCAACUCUUGUGGCCAAAAAUCAUAAACGCAGAAAUGGAACGUGGUACUGGAUUAACUGGAUACAGGUUCUACCUGAGGAAAAAGGAUCCCGAUAAUCACACUAGAACUUCCUCGUGGCAGGAUUACCACGACAUAACAAGCCCUGCUGAUACUUUUCUCACUAGUUUCUUACAGUCACCCACAAACAACAAGGAAUACCCCGACCUAUGUAACUUACCUGAUCUGAAUGAACGAACUCUUCUAGACAACAUUAAGUCGAGAUACCACAAUUCCAAUAUAUAUACUUAUGUUGGAUCCAUACUAAUUGCGGUGAAUCCAUUCAAAUUCUUUCCCAUUUACAAUCCGAAAUAUGUGAAAAUGUAUCAGAAUAAACGUUUAGGUGAACUACCACCACAUAUAUUUGCAAUAGCCGAUGCAGCAUUCUACACCAUGUUGAGGACAAAGAAAAAUCAGUGUAUCGUAAUUUCUGGAGAGUCAGGAUCCGGAAAGACGGAGAGUACUAACUUACUGUUGCAUCACUUGACCGCUCUCAGCCAGAAGGGGGCACACGGCAGUGGAGUUGAGCAGACUAUUCUAGGUGCUGGCCCAGUGUUAGAGGCUUUUGGAAAUGCAAAGACAGUUCACAACAACAACUCAAGUCGCUUUGGCAAGUUCAUCCAAGUAAACUACAAAGAGAAUGGCAUGGUACACGGUGCCAUCGUGGAAAAAUAUCUGCUUGAGAAAUCCAGGAUUGUCCAUCAAGCAAGAAAUGAGAGGAACUAUCAUGUGUUUUACUACCUGUUGGCUGGGGCGGAUGAUCAAGAGCGCGAGACACUACAUCUUAGGAAACCGGAGGAGUACCAUUACCUCAGACAGAGCGGGUGUUACCACACAGAAGGCGUGGAUGAGGCACAUGAGUUUGCCAGGCUGAAACAGUCGCUGGAAAUGGUGGGGUUCUCCCCUUUGACACAAAGACGGAUAUUCUGUGUGUUGUCAGCAGUGCUACAGCUAGGAAACAUGGAGUUCAAAAAGAAAGGAGAUCAGCACCAUGAUGAAUCAGUCGCUAUCAAGGACGAAACAACAGUGCAGAUCAUAUCAAGUUUACUCAAGGUGAAGGAGAAAACCCUGACGGAGGCUCUGACACAAAAGAAGACAACAGCUGGAGGGGAAACUGUGGUCAUGAACUACAAAAUGGUGGAUGCGCUAGCUAACAGAGACACAAUGGCCAAGUGUCUAUACGGUGCGCUGUUUGACUGGAUUGUCCUAAAGGUGAACCAGGCCCUGUUGGCCAAGAGACACAACAGUGACCAUCAGGGAAAUUCAAUAGGUGUGUUGGACAUUUUUGGAUUUGAGGAUUUCAAGAAGAACAGUUUUGAACAGUUUUGUAUUAAUUAUGCUAAUGAGCACCUGCAGUAUUACUUCAACCAGCACAUCUUUAAAUUUGAGCAGGAAGAGUACAAAAAGGAAGGUAUUCAGUGGAAAAACAUUGAGUUUAUAGACAAUACAGGCUGUCUGGAGUUGUUCGCUAACAAGAGUAACGGCCUGUUGUGUCUUCUGGAUGAUGAGUGCAACUUUCCUGGUGCAACCAAUGAAACCCUACUGGCUAACUUCAACCACCAUCACAAGGGCCGGCCGUACUAUCAAGUGCCCCAGCUGAAGGAGGGGGCUUUUGAGAUUAUGCACUACGCUGGCAAAGUCAAGUACCAAAUCAAGGAUUUCCGAGAGAAAAACGGUGACCAGAUUAGGAUGGACAUUGUCAGCGUGCUGAAAAGUAGUAACCUCACAUUCGUCAGGGAACUCAUGGGGAUUGAUCCAGUGGCUGUCCUGCGAUGGUCUAUAGUGAAGACCCUCGUCAAAAGUGUGUUCGCCUUUAUCGCAGAGGGCAAGAAGUUCCGUAGCAGGGGAGGUCUGAAAUCCAGUACGUCUAUGAAAAAUCGGCGCCACUCGGACUACAUUAUGCCAGAAGCCUUGGCUGCCAGUGAGAACCUUCUCAAUGAGAGUGACCACCGUCACCAGGCCUUCUCUGGGCAGCGGUCUCUUUCCCCCCUGCAUGAACACCAAUAUUUUGCAUGUACUGUUGACACAUUUGAGGAUGGCUGUUCUGAUGAUGAUACGGACGAUGACAUCUUCAUCCGCUCUCUGGACUAUAUAACUGAUGAAAAAGGAGAUCUAGUAUUGACCAGUCCGGUGGAGUUAUACUUACCAGAGUCGGCCAAACUCAUCCGACGCUCUACAAAAAUCAUCCUGAAAAACAAAUCAUUCCGACCGAAGCCCAAACCACCCACAAUGCUGAGGGAUAUAAAAACUCUGAAGCAGAUUGCAAAUCGUACUAUCUACGGGCGAGGUAGUAGGGACGGCAGUCGGAAAGCCAUGGCCAGUGUCAGCGCCCAGUUCACGUGGUCACUUCAUCGUCUGAUGGCAACAUUGAACCAGGCAAAUCCAUUCUUUAUCCGGUGUAUCAAAUCCAACCCCGACAAGGCCCCCUGUGUGUUUGACGAUGCCAUGGUACUACGACAGCUCAGGUACACAGGGAUGUUAGCAACCGUCAAGAUCCGACAGUCGGGCUACAACUAUCGACUCACAUUUGAUGAGUUCAUCCAGAUGUACAAGAUAUUAUUACCUAAAGGCUUACUGAGCUCCAAGGAGGAUGUGAAGGCAUUUCUAGAGGAUAGACAUCUGGAUAGUGAGCAUUACCAGAUAGGUAUUACCAAGGUGUUCCUGCGAGAGAGUGAGAAAAUGAGAUUAGACGAGGCCCUCCAUGGGGCAAUCAUGCAGCGUGUAGUGAAAAUACAGAGGUGGUUCAAAACAAUCCUGGAACGACAGACAUUCCUAAAGAUGAGAGGGGCUUGUAUUGUCAUACAGAUCUGUGCACGCCGGUUCAUUGCUCUAAGGCGGUUGAGACGGUUGCGCCUUGAGAAAGAAGCAGCACUUAUCAUACAGAAAUGCUACAGAUGCUGGAAAGAGAGACGGCGCUACCUCAUCAUCGUCCAUAGUAUAACUGUGAUACAGAGUCUGGCCAGGGCUUUCACAGCCAGGAAGCAGUAUAAAAAGUUACUGGCAGACGCUGAGUUGAGACGGAGGGAGGAGGAGGAGGAAAAGUUACGGAAAAAACAACAGGAAGACUUGCACUCCUCCAACAGUGACGAGGGAAUUCUCACGAAAGGUUCGAGCGCUGAGGAGCUGGACGAGAAAGACUACCCAUCUAUACAACUACAGAGUCGUGACUCAGACGAGAGCAGUGGUAUCCAUGAGGCUGACGAAUCUGACUCAGAGACCCUGGCAGAUGAUCAUAGAAAAGGGUCUGUGGUCACUCUUCCUCCGACACCGACCACACCUGACCAGGAGGUGGUGGUACGGCCGGUGAGAAAGUCGGAUGAGGAUGAGUACCUCCACCACAAACACUCCUCAUCAAGGGUUUCAGACCUUGCCAAGGCAUUCCAGACAGACGGGGAGACGAAAUCGGAUCGUCCUCUCAGGCCGUCAAUUGUUGUAGAGAGAGACUACCAACCGAAAAGACGCCCCAAAAACUCUCCAGCUCCUCUCGCAAAGCAAGAGUCAUUUUCUGAUCUGGAAUCUUCACCUACUAGUCCCGACACCAUUGUGAUAUCCCGAGAUAAACUCCAGGAAAUUGACGACUGCCUCAAGAAAAACAAGGACCGACAGGAGCUCCCAGCACAACCACUAUCUCCUACCGGUGACUUCUCCAAAAACCGCAGUCCGUUCCGCCGGGCGCGGCGACAAUUCAAGAAUAUUAUGGGAGAUUUGAAGGAGUCCAAUAAGAGUUGCAAUGCUUAUCACCUAAUGCGCCAUAGACCAUCAUUACGAUUCCUCCAUAGGGAGAAGACUAACAAGAAAGGAAAGAAGGACUCGCAGGAUGACAGCGAUGAAGACGAAGUCUUACAACAUGGUCCAGAGCUCCAUACAAGAAUUGGUGUAUCAGUGUUACCGGUAGGAGAGUUAUCUGCCCCUAAAUCCCCAACAGUCAGGAAGGGGUCAGUACAAGGUUCCCAGGAAGAUAUAAGCUCCAGUGCUGAUCGACCUGACCGCAAAGGUAGAAAGAAACGCCAGGACCGGAAGCCUGCUGAGCUGGAGAAGAAGUCGUCGUCACCUCAGAGAAACGAGUGGACCCUGGCUGGUACCUCCCUGUGGCAGUACCCUGAGGAACUAGGUCUCAAGGACAUCUCCGAGAUCUCACAGCUUGAUGAGUUCAUUCAUAAAAAACUUUUAGCUUAUAAUAAAGACUGUUCCAGAAGAGAUACAAUAUUUGAUGCUGUUUUUAAACGAUCACUGAGGGAGUUCCACAUAGAGAUGCAAGCUCUUAUAUCAGUGGAGAAAAAGAAAAUAGAGGUACAUGUGCCAUAUCGAGACAUCUUCGCUAAGUUUGUCCACACCUUGGAUGCUGAAGUGAAGGCCGAGGGGACGAAUGCCUCUUUCCCUGUUACCAUGGGAAUCAAUGCUUUCCGUGGCUUCCUGGACGAGUUCAUCAAGAAUCAUAAGAAAGAAAAGAAAAAGGAAGACAGAAAAACGGAAAGCAGGGCACAGAAACGAGAAAACAAGAAGAAAGAUGUUUUGGAAUACCAAGGACACAAGUUCAGCCAGGUACAGUUUGGUAUCCCUACGUUUUGUGAAUUCUGCAAUAAUAUCAUCUGGAUUAUGGAGAAGGGGAGUGUCUGUCAAGUUUGUAAAUAUACCUGUCAUCGGAAGUGUGUAACGAAAUCAAGCAACACGUGCAAAGGUGUUCACGAUACGCAGACUGACACGGUUGAAUCGUCCACCACAAAAGUUCCUACAGGACAUAGGGUUCAGUCCCUUGUCCUUCGCCUAAACCUUAUGGCCGAGGCUGGUACGUCCAGGUGUGUUUUUGGUGCUCCGCUAGCUGCUCUUGUCUCGGACAAAGAAAAGAUACCUGUGAUAAUAGGAAAGCUGAUCAACUUGGUAGAACUACACGGCCUGUAUACUGUAGGUGUUUACCGAAAGAGUGGUGCUAAUGCCAAGGUCAAGCUUCUCAAACAGAACCUUGACUGUGGAAAGGAAGAUUUGACAGAUAUAGACCUUGUGGAGUUUAACAUUCACACUCUAGCCUCCACACUAAAGAAGUACUUUGUAGAACUACCUGAACCUCUACUGACCUUUGACCUUUAUGAUGAUUUCAUUAGAACAACAGAUAUCCAGGAUGAGAAGGAAAGGAUCCAGUCCCUGUAUGCUGUUAUAGAAAAACUACCCAAGGCCAACUACGACUUGUUUGAGAGGCUUAUCUUUCACCUGGCCAGGGUGGCUCACCACGAGGCCUUCAAUAAAAUGUCUGUUUCCGGACUGUCCAUUAUAUUUGCCCCAUGUCUCCUGCGGACAAGCAAAAACCUACAAGCACAAGACUCCCUUAGUCAGGUUCCAAGGCAGACCAAGGUGAUCAACCAUAUCAUACAAGAACAGUUGUAUAAGUUGAAAUCCACACUGGAAGACAUCAGUACACUGGAAACUGCCGCGGAGACGGCUACAGACCGGCUCAAUGUUGUCAGGGCCAGCAUGAGGAAGAGUCCAAUAGAAGAGAAGAAGCGAGUGUCUGGAGCCUCCGUGACCAGUACCGAGUCCCUCGACGGGAUGACACACGCCGAGGAGAUGGCACUUCGCUCACACAUUCGAUCCAUCAAAAAGGAAAAAGAUAACCUUACGUCCAAUUUACCAAAUUUGGAAUGUCGUCACCUGAGUUCUGAUGACGAGGUUCUAAGUACGGAUGACAUGGACAGUACAUACGAUACAGCUGAUGACUUUGAAGAUCAGGAGGAGUAUGCUCUGACCUUUGAACUCCCAGUCAGUCCCCCAAAUCAGCUGAAGCAUCUGACCAAGCGGCGAGCCACACUGCCACCGAGACGACCACCAACUCGCUAUAGUGAGGCAGUGAAGAGACGGAGAAAUUCAGAAAAUUCUUACGGAAGCCAGGAGCUUGAGGCCUCAGGUGAAUCUAGUGUUAAUGACCCUGUAUCCCCCGGCAACUACGAUGCAGUGUUCUUAGUAGGGCAAGGACGGAUUCCUUCGUACGAUUCGAGUUACCUUACGAUCCCAGGACUUCAGAAUAUAGGGGAGGAGGAUGAAAUCAUGGUGUGACUCUGUAUGGACAUGACCAAAAAAACAGAAUUUAAAAAAAAAUGUUCACUUGAACCUUAAUGCUGAUCUUUCAAACAUCUGUAGAGUUUAGUGAUUUUGUAAACAGCUCAAAUCAACGAUAAUUGCUCCACAUGUUUGUCGCAUAGGGCAUUACGUAGGUAAUUAAAUAUCUAUUUUCACUGCAUAAUUUCUCUGCCAUUUGAAAUUCAAUACUUUUAAUUGACAGGAAUGUGAAUGUCUGUAGUGUGAAAUUAUUGGUAAACACUUGCUUAUGGACACAAUACUAUUUCACUAUCGGUAGUAAUUACAAUAUUUGUGGCAAUAACAUUCCUUACGUAUUCAAACAAAUCCUGUCAAUUUGAUAUAAACAUCAAUCUCUCGAAAGGUAUAGUUUCCGUUCUUUUGUAUGAGCAGCAAUCCCAAGUAGACUUGCUGGCACGUAGUUCAUUUCAUUUGGCUGGGUUUUUAUUUGUAUGUUUUUUUGUUCUGAGGUAUAUGAACCCAGUGAAAAUAGCUUAGUUAUAAUUUCUGUCUGUGUUAUACCAGUAAUGAUAUGCUGGAGUUACGUUUGGUACUGUAUGUUUACCUACAGUCUAUGUGGACCAAAACUGUGCAAUACUGCCUGUUUUCCGGAAAUACUUUAAUAUUAUUGUUUAAAAAAAAUCUUGAUCUAAAUUUUUGACAUUUCUCACAACUCCCAACCCCCAGCCCUCCCCAUCCACCCUAUUAAUUAUCUCACCUGCUUGUGAGAACUGGUGAGACUAAUCCAUGGCAUAGUGUCUUUUGUCUGUCAUUCUUUUCAUUAAAAAUAUACUUUCCCCUAAUUAGUUUCUGAUAAGAUUUCUACCAAGUUCCGAGUUACACAUCCUCAAAGGAGAGGAUAAGCUGAUCUGUCAUGCCAGGGGAAGGUUAAAAUAAGAGGAUAUUGGUAGGUUUUAGCUUUCAAAAGACGACUUAUCAAGAACUUCCUGUAUUUAUCAUUCAAUAAGCCCUGCCAACAAAUAAGCCCCCUUCGUUUUGGGGGAAUCAUCAGAUAGGGGAGGGGAUUCCUUAAGGAAAAAUAUGGUAAUAACUAUGUAACAUCAUCAGGACUCAUAAACGCUGUAACACAUCGGGAGGUGGAUGAGGGCUUAUAAACGUUCUGUAACACAUCCAGGAGGUGGAUGAGGGCUUAUAAACGCUCUGUAACACAUCGGGAGGUGGAUGAGGGCUUAUAAACGCUGUAACACGUCCAGGAGGUGGAUGAGGGCUUAUAAACGCUCUGUAACACGUCCAGGAGGUGGAUGAGGGCUUAUAAACGCUGUAACACGUCCAGGAGGUGGAUGAGGGCUUAUAAACGCUGUAACACGUCCAGGAGGUGGAUGAGGGCUUAUAAACGCUGUAACACGUCCAGGAGGUGGAUGAGGCCUUAUAAACGCUGUAACACGUCCAGGAGAUGGAUGAGGGCUUAUAAACGCUGUAACACGUCCAGGAGGUGGAUGAGGGCCUAUAAAUGCUGUAACACGUCCAGGAGAUGGAUGAGGGCCUAUAAAUGCUGUAACACAUCCAAGGGGUGGAUGAGGAACAUGUCCAGGGCAUUACCAUGUUAGCAUCUCAGUUAGGCAAUUUAAUCUACAAUUACCAGUACUCGCUAUGCUGGGUCCCUCAGUCGUAAUGGGGAGAUCCCUGUUCUUACCUACGAUGAUCGAGGUGCUGGCCCUACACACAAACAGAUGAUGAUAUCCCUAAUUACUAUGGAUUAUAACUAGUGCUUAGGAUUCAUUGCUUAAUAAAGGAAGAAUUAGAUCCCCUGAAAUUAGGAUAAGAUGUAACAAACAGGUGAGCAAUACAGGCCCAAUGGGACUUUUGUAGUUUUGUUGAAUAGGUAGCAUGACUGACGUACAUACUGUGCAAUAUAUCCUUUACGUAUCAUGGUAAUACCCAGGCAUACACUGCUUUUUGUUUCAUUGAACAUUUUAAGGAGUCAAAUGAAUUCUUUAGAGGCCAAUUGAAAUUGUAACUACUAAAUAGCGUUUCCCUAGAAUUCUGAUUGCCCCAUGUCAGAUGUUUUUACAUUACUGCAGACAGUAUACAUUUUUAGGUGUAUUGUUACUGCCAGCUUCACUCUGUAGGUUUGGUCAUUAUUAACCAACAAAAGAUAACUACUAGUGGACAUCGGACGUCUGUUGUCUGACACCUUGGUGACAUUGACAGGUAUGAGUGGACAUCGGACAUCUGUUGUCUGAGACCUUGGUGACAUAGACAAGUAGGAGUGGACAUCGGACGUCCGUUGUCUGACACCUUGGUGACAUAGACAAGUAGUAGUGGACAUCGGACGUCCGUUGUCUGACACCUUGGUGACAUAGACAGGUACGAGUGGACAUCGGACGUCUGUUGUCUGACACCUUGGUGACAUUGACGGGUACUAGUUGACAUCAGACGUCUGUUGUCUGACACCUUGGUGACAUAGACAGGUACGAGUCGACAUCGGACUUUUGUUCUCUGACACCUUGGUGACAUAGACAGGUACGAGUGGACAUCAGACGUCCGUUGUCUGACACCUUGGUGACAUUAACAAGUACUAGUGGACAUCGGAUGUCUGUUGUCUGACACCUUGGUGACAUAGACAAGUACUAGUGGACAUCGGACGUCUUGUCUGACACCUCGGAGAAACAUCACCAUUAAUCUAGUCAGUCUCUCGAUACACAAUGGGGAGUUAAAAAUCUGUGAUUGGUCGGUGUAGUGUAGUGAUAGACUAUUUAUUGAGAUGUAUCCUGUCUGUAUGUUAAUAGUGUGUUUUGGCUUUAAAGUGAUAGAUGCUCCGAGUCAUUAAAUGGUAGGUUUAAUGGAUUGUACUGAAAACUUUAUAUUUUUUCUGGUCAUGAGAAAAUUGAACUGUAGAUGUCCCACUGAAUCCACUAGUAUGUAUUACUAUAGUAGACGGCGUCCACCCAGACCUUAGAACACACUAGUACGUGUAACUAUAGUGGCCGGAGUCUGUCCAGACCUUAGAACACACUAGUACGUGUAACUAUAGUGGCCGAAGUCUGUCCAGACCUUAGAACACACUAGUACGUAUUACUAUAGUAGACGGCGUCUGUCCAGACCUUAGAACACACUAGUACGUGUUACUAUAGUUGACGGUGUCUGUCCAGACCUUAGAACACACUAGUAUGUGUUACUAUAGUAGACGGCGUCUGUCCAGACCUUAGAACACACUAGUACGUGUUACUAUAGUAGACGGAGUCGGCCCAGACCUUAGAACACACAAGUACGUGUUACUAUAGUAGAUGGAGUCGGCCCAGACCUUAGAACACACUAGUAUGUGUUACUAUAGUAGAUGGAGUCGGCCCAGACCUUAGAACACACUAGUAUGUGUUACUAUAGUAGACGGCGUCUGUCCAGACCUUAGGACACACUAGUACGUGUUACUAUAGUAGACGGAGUCUGUCCAGACCUUAGAACACACUAGUAUGUGUUACUAUAGUAGACGGCGUCUGUCCAGACCUUAGAACACACUAGUACGUGUUACUAUAGUAGACGGCGUCUGUCCAGACCUUAGAACACACUAGUACGUGUUACUAUAGUAGACGGCGUCUGUCCAUACCUUAGAACACACUAGUACGUGUUACUAUAGUAGACGGCGUCUGUCCAGACCUUAGAACACACUAGUAUGUGUUACUAUAGUAGACGGCGUCUGUCCAGACCUUAGAACACACUAGUACCUGUUACUAUAGUAGACGGCGUCUGUCCAGACCUUAGAACACACUAGUACGUGUUACUAUAGUAGACGGAGUCUGUCCAGGCCUUAGAACACACUAGUACGUGUUACUAUAGUAGACGGCGUCUGUCCAGACCUUAGAACACACUAGUACGUGUUACUAUAGUAGACGGCGUCUGUCCAGACCUUAGAACACACUAGUACGUGUUACUAUAGUAGACGGCGUCUGUCCAGACCUUAGAACACACUAGUACGUGUUACUAUAGUAGACGGCGUCUGUCCAGACCUUAGAACACACUAGUACGUGUUACUAUAGUAGACGGCGUCUGUCCAGACCUUAGAACACACUAGUACGUGUUACUAUAGUAGACGGCGUCUGUCCAGACCUUAGAACACACUAGUACGUGUUACUAUAGUAGACGAAGUCUGUCCAGGCCUUAGAACACACUAGUACGUGUUACUGUAGUAGAUGGAGUCGGCCCAGACCUUAGAACAGCGGUGAUGUGGACACUGAUAACAUUCCAGGCUCACAUUGUUUACUUAAUACAUUAUAAUGUUGUUUACGUAUCUUUGUUUAUAUUGAUGUUUAUCAUGACAUAAAUAACAUGUAUGGAUUAUGUUUGCUCACACUUCUUAUUUGCACAAAUCAAAACGGUUUGCGAUAAUUGUCUGUUAGCUGGCCCAUUCCUUACAAACAUCUAUACAUAAUCCCCGAUCUUAAGACAACAGAAAAAUUAUUUUCCAAAUGACUUAGGGGCUUUCUCCUGACAAUUGAGAGCAUUAUUUGAAUCAUGAGAAUUUUGUAUUGAUACUUUUAUUUUGGAAGGUGAUAAGGAUUCAACCCAGAUUUGUGAUUCGAUUUUUGAAAUUGAUCAAUAUCUAGGGUCAACUGAACUUCCUAAUUUUAUUAACAAAGAACAUAGGACAACCUGUGACAUGGUUGGAUUUCCAUUUCGGUCAGCGUUUGACCUAUAUAAUUAUUAUAUUUAAUAGCUGAAAAGGAGAAUUUAAACUAUUUCAGUGAUCACAAGCAAUAGUUUUGUUGCUGUUUUUUCAGAAAUAUGCAAAUAUCAUUUAAUAGACUUGUUAUCAUAUAAUUACGUGUAGUUGUUUGUAAUAAAAAAAAUCUGUGAUAUUCAAUUAAAAAAAAAUGUCAUUUCCUUUGUGCCUUUUAAUUUUUAUGUGUAGCAACAAUAAAUAGUUUAUUGCUAUACCUUCUGUUGAAAAGUGUUUAUGUUGCAUUGUCAUUAGUGGAUGUAUUAGUGCUCCUAAUAAUGUUUUUAUUAGUUAAUUGUGAAAUGCUUAAAUAGUGAGAUGCGAAAUGAUGAUGUUAAUUUUUACUGCUCCAGAAAUUAAAAGCAAUCAUCAUUUUUCGAGGUCGUUAUUUUAGUUUAAUACAUUAUGAUUAUUUUUUUAACAUUUAUUUAUUUGGUUUUGUUGAGAACAGACUGGUAGUCAUUUUUGGCCAAAGGAAUAUCAUGAGCCUAUGAGAUAGGUCAUGGUAAAUACAUUUUCUGAGGCUGCGUACGUAAUCUGUUGUCAUGGUAAAUACAUUUUCUGAGGCUGCGUACGUAAUCUGUUGUCAUGGUUAAUACAUUUUCUGAGGCUGCUUAUGUAAUCUGUUGUCAUGGUAAAUACAUUUUCUGAGGCUGCGUAUGUAAUCUGUUGUCAUGGUAAAUACAUUUUCUGAGGCUGCGUAUGUAAUCUGUUGUCAUGGUAAAUACAUUUCCUGUGACCAUGUACCCAGUUGAAUUCAAUGUGGAUUUAUUUUGCCAUAUACAUUGUACAAGCAAUACAUUUAUUCCUUGAUAUAUUACAUGUUGAAGACACAGACUUAAUUGAUAUGCAGAAUAUGAUUGUGUAUAUUGUAAUAAAAAAAAACAUGCCGGUAAUAGAAACUGCACCAAGACACCUAUACUGUCUGUCGCUAUGGCCUAUACUGUCUGUCGCUAUGGCCUAUACUGUCUGUAGCUAUGGCCUAUACUGUCUGUCGCUAUGGCCUAUACUGUCUAUAGCUAUGGCCUAUACUGUCUGUCGCUAUGGCCUAUACUGUCUGUCGCUAUGGCCUAUACUGUCUAUAGCUAUGGCCUAUACUGUCUGUCGCUAUGGCCUAUACUUUCUGUAGCUAUGGCCUAUACUGUCUGUAGCUAUGGCCUAUACUGUCUAUAUAGCUAUGGCCUAUACUGUCUAUCGCUAUGGCCUAUACUGUCUGUCGCUAUGGCCUAUACUGUCUGUAGCUAUGGCCUAUACGGUCUAUAUAGCUAUGGCCUAUACGGUCUAUAGCUAUGGCCUACAUGUAUACUGUCUGUCGCUAUGGCCUAUACUGUCUGUCGCUAUGGCCUAUACUGUCUGUAGCUAUGGCCUAUACUGUCUGUCGCUAUGACCUAUACUGUCUGUCGCUAUGGCCUAUACUGUCUGUCGCUAUGGCCUAUACUGUCUGUCGCUAUGGCCUAUACUGUCUGUCGCUAUGGCCUAUACUGUCUGUCGCUAUGGCCUAUACUGUCUGUCGCUAUGGCCUAUACUGUCUGUCGCUAUGACCUAUACUGUCUGUCGCUAUGACCUAUACUGUCUGUCGCUAUGGCCUAUACUGUCUGUAGCUAUGGCCUAUACUGUCUAUAGCUAUGGCCUAUACUGUCUGUAGCUAUGGCCUAUACACAAUGUACUGUCUGUAGCUAUGGCCUAUACUGUCUGUAGCUAUGGCCUAUACUGUCUAUAGCUAUGGCCUAUACUGUCUGUAGCUAUGGCCUAUACUGUCUGUAGCUAUGGCCUAUACUGUCUAUAGCUAUGGCCUAUACUGUCUAGAGCUAUGGCCUAUACUGUCUAUAGCUAUGGCCUAUACUGUCUGUCGCUAUGGCCUAUACUGUCUGUAGCUAUGGCCUAUACUGUCUGUAGCUAUGGCCUAUACUGUCUAUAGCUAUGGCCUAUACUGUCUGUAGCUAUGGUUACAUGUACCAUCGUCCAUGUUACCAGGAAUGUGUAACAUAUUUUACUGUGUAUUAUUACAUUUAAUACUGUGUUACCUAGUGUAUUAUAUUAUUAUAGUUUAAGAUAUUAGUAUUCUGAUGUGCUGACUAUUUUACAGUGUUUUCAAGUUCUAUUACUAUUACAUCAUUACAGUGAUAUUAUAAUAAAGCUGGUAUAAGAUUUAACAGUAAUGUCACUUCAGUAUAAUGCUACUAGUGUACUAAUAGUAUUACUUUAAUAGUUUAACUGUAGUUUUACUAUAGUAAUGCUACAGUAACUGUGGAUUACUUAGGUUUUCCUCAUGAUAAUCAUUUCCCGUAUGGAAUAUCAGUUAAUUAAUGCAUCAUACAUAUAAUGUGUUUAUAUAUAUAUAUAUAUAUAUACACUUCGAUGGAAAUACCAAUGAUUGUCUUCACAUGUCGGUAUAGAAAACGUAUAAAAACUUACUAUAGUGAAGAUUUGUGAAAGAUUUCCCAGAGACAGGCUUUGUUGCUCAAACUCAAUGCAAACAUACGCUAAUAUAUAGACUUGUGUGAGUGUGUAUAAACAUGUGUCAGUAUACUCUGCAAAAAUAAAAAAUACAUGUCACCUGUGUAGAUAGAAGUGUCCGGGGAAGGCGACACAUUUGUAACCCUUUGUUGGACAGAUGUACAGUUAUAUUAAAAUACGUACAUCUUAAUUAUAACAAACUUUGCUUUAAAUAUGAGCGGAGAAUUCCCUUUUCCAUGUUUUGGGGUUCUCAGUUACUUCAUUCCAUUAUUGUUUGUGUUCUGUUCAAUAUUAUAAUGAUACUGACAAGGUUCAUACAAAGUACAUAAUUAUUUUGUACCAUUUGUGAAUGUCGUCAAAUCAAAUGAUUUGUGCCAUUGUUUUUAGAGUUUUUAAGUUGAUAAUAAAAUCCUUCGAUAUAACUCAUCAUCAUCAUCCAUUACAAAUGUUAUCCACGGAGUAUUCCAUUGAGAACAUGUCUUACCAGUAGGUUAGCCUGACAUGUUUACUGUACGACUCUGUUGUAUGUACAUAGCUAUAAGGGUUUGUUAUGGAGGACUGCUGUCACACUGACAGUGCUGGGAGUGACAGGAAGUGAAAGGGAGAUAACUCAAGUGUCUUACAGAACAAGUGAGGUCUGAGAGUGAUCAAGUCUGAGCGAUACUACUUGUAUCAAUAAAACUAAAAUAAUAUUAAA